AUGUUGUUCUUGCCGUUGAUCGUCGUCUCCUUUCCUUCCCCUGCAAAUCGCCCUCUUUUCCGACCUUUUGUUGCAUCGCACGCCCUCUCGUCGUCUUUUCGCACGUCCGGUCUGAAUCAACGCGACUGCCUCGUCCGCACCGGACCUUCCCGCCAUCCUUUGGUUUACGUCGAAUUUACCACAAUUUCCUGGACUACCCCUGUAAGAACCUUCUUGAUCUCGGCCGUUCUCAAACCGUCGACUCAGAUCGAAUCGACUUGGAGAUCAUUCUACCCCUCCUUCGCCAUGGACGCCAAUGAGGCAUACGUUUCGCGGUCGAUCCGUUCAUUCCCUGCCAGAAGCGGAGUCGAGACUGAGCUAGAGCCACGUUAUCGCACGAUACUUGGCCAAGCAAGUGCUCGAGUCGAGCCUACGGGAGACCGAAUAGUAGGAGAAACUCGAGGCGGCUCGUCUCAACUCAACAUACCGUUGGCAACAAUCGAAACCAUUCCAGCUACAGGAUCCCCGUCAGGAUCACAGCGUCCGAACUCCGUUCUCCGGUAUUGGUCGUCGCGAAACCAACACAUGGAGAAGUUCGGACGGGCUGGGGAGUCGACGGACCUCCGAUCCUCAUUUAGGAUCAGGUCGGGUAUGCAUUUGAGCGCUCCAAUUCUGCGACUUAACAUGGCGACCUUGCAACAAGACCAUGGGAACAGACGAGGAUCGGGGCGUCAACACCCUCCUUCCGAUUCGGCCUCUCGCAUCGCUUCGACCUUUGUCGAGUCAACGGGAACAUUCUUCGACACGUCCGCCCGUGCUUUCGAGGGUCCGUCUGACGAUAUGUACCUUACUGUUCUCAUUUGUGGUAGCUUAUUUUAUGGUGAUAUGAUAUGCCGGCCUGGCGGAGCAAAGAGUAGACACAGAUCGCCAAGCUUGACAGAGGCGACUUGCGCGGUACUUGGUUCCUCACUCAGCGUAGUAGAAGUGUGUGGUCCGAGGCGAUCAAUGCUCUAUCCAUCGAUUAUCAAUCCCGACUCGAUCAUCGUCAUCCCAUCGGUUCCGUCUUAA